CCUCUCUCACACACUCUCUCUCUCUCUCUCUCUCUCACACACACACGCCUUGCAGCUGUCACAUCCCGUCAACAUGUCUGCAAACCGGGUGAUCGUGUACGGAGGAAGAGGAUCUCUGGGCUCCAAGUGUGUGCAGCAUUUCAAGUCCAAAGGAUGGUGGGUCGCCUCCGUCGACAUGGCCGCGAACGAGGAGGCGAACGAGAACGUCAUCGUGAAGUCGAGCGAGUCGUUCAGCGAGCAGGCGGGACAGGUGACGACGGAUGUGGCCCAGUUGCUAGGGGAACAGAAAGUGGACGCCAUCUUGUGCGUGGCGGGAGGCUGGGCGGGAGGAAGCUGUAGUUCCAAAGAUUUAUACAAAAACGCGGAUCUGAUGUGGAAGCAGAGUGUGUGGACCUCCACUAUCUCCAGCCACCUCGCCGCUCUGCACCUGAAGCCAGGAGGACUGUUGACUUUGGCCGGGGCCAAGGCUGCACUGUCGGGCACCGGGGGCAUGGUGGGCUACGGCAUGGCCAAGGCUGCCGUCCACCAGCUGUGUCAGAGUCUCGCGGACAAGAACAGCGGGAUGCCGUCGGGAGCCGUCGCCGUGGCGAUACUACCGGUUACCUUGGAUACGCCGAUGAACAGGAAGUUCAUGCCUGACGCGGACGUCGGCUCCUGGACGCCGCUGGAGUUCGUCUCAGAAUUAUUCUUCAACUGGGCCACUGGAGAGAACCGGCCGGCUUCGGGAAGCUUAAUGCAGCUGCUGAGCUCCGGAGGGGAAACCCAGGUGGUGGCCUCGCAGUAGAGGACAGAGCAGAGCGCUGGGGAUGGUGAUUUAAGGCUGUGAAGGGAGUGACAGCGAGAAACUGGAUGACACAAGGAGGUGGCGAGGAGACGACUCAUGGGUUCAUUUUGAAGGAGGGGGGAGGAGCCGUUUAUUGCAAAUGCAGCCUCACAGCGCCAUCUAGUGGUGACUGUGUUGUUUAUCAGGUAAUGUUGUGAUGGACUCUCUCUCUCUCAAAUGUGAGGACCUGUUCAAGGUAUUCUUUCCAAGAUUCAGUGACGUUAAAAUGUGUUAAAUGAGACGCAUCUUCUACUCACACAGUCCAAGAGAGGAAAUUGAAGAAGAAUUCCUGAAAACGCAUCAUGUGACUUCCUCCAAAAUGCACAUCGGCGACUUUACACCUAAGCUUCAGUCGUUUUCUUUAAACUUCUGUGAAAUCCAACACACACACACACACACACACAUAUACAUCAGUCACUGAAAGUCCUCUUCCGCUGGGGGAAAAACCCUCAAAGCCUCAUAACGCCACUGUCUUAUUCUCCCAAGCGGACAAUAAGUAUGGAGGUGAAGUGGCCUUAUUUUAUGUUUCCUAGCCGUCAGUGUCCUUUGUUGUAUUGUAACCGAGUGAAUUUCACAAUAAAAUGAAUCAAAACCGAG